GGCUCGAGGCCGCGCUGGGUGCCAAGCCACUUGCGCGUGGGAUCGGUGGAGUUCGGGAGCCGGCUUCCGGCUGGGCCCGCCAUGGCGUCGGGCGACGCUGGCCGCGGCGUCUAUGCGGACAUCGCCACGCUGAACGACGUCGUGCGCAGCGGCGACGUGGCGCUGCUAAGGGCGAAGUUCGUGCAGGAGCUGGCGGGGCCCAUGGCCCGCCGCCAGGACCUCCCAGAGGCGGCGUUCUUCCAGGGGGAGCUGACCAGCGCGACCGUCAUCAUCGCGCUGUCGUACGGCUGGAUCACGCCGGACCACCCAGAUCCGGAGUGCUUCCACCUCCAAAGGGUGCAGCAGGUCCUGGGUCACUUCAUGCGCGUGGGCGUCGAGGGAUCAGGUCAGGCGUCAAUGAAGCAUGUGGUGGGGGAGGACCGGGAUAAGGCUUACAAGGACAAGGAGGUGGUCAUCUUCUGGGAUUGGCCUUGCCUCUACCAGGACAAGCCCAAGGGCUCGCGCACAGAGGUUCAGACACAGGCUUUCAAGCGCGCGCUCAACAGCGUGAACUUGUGGUAUGCGCACGCCUGCACCCAGGUCUGGAUGCUCACGGAGACCCCAGACAAUGUUGAGCGGACGUACGCCAUGCGCGGCUGGUGCAGGUUCGAGCGAGGGGUGAGCGAGCUCAUCUCGUCCUCCCAGACAGUCCUGGACUUGAGCCUGUUCAGCGGCCAGACCGAAGACUAUCACGCUGCUUACUGGCACACGCCCGUGCUAUUGGACAGCGGCAUGAAGAGCAUCAUGUGGUCGCCCCCCCAGGAGGAGCGCGGUGGGCUCGCGGAGAGAUGCUCGUCCAGCCGACUGCUUCCGCAGACGCCCGACGAGAUGUCCGCGCUGCUCGACUCACUGACGUUCACCAACGGGAAGUCGGACACGCAGAUUGUGCAGGGCCUGUACAGGCAGACGUUUGUCGAGGUCAUGAGCAACGCCCACGCCUUGCGGUGGAGCGACCAGCAGUGGGCGGUGGAGCUGCCGGCGCUCUUCCCAGCUCUGGAGGGCUGCGGAUCCCUGCGGAUCCUCGACAUCUCGGGGAACGCGCUGACUGGCGGCCUUGCUGGGCUGGCUGGUUUCAUCUCCACCUGCUUACCCGCACUCGAACGCCUGGACCUGUCCCGCAACAAGCUCGACGGCGAGCUGCCCCUGGAGCUGAUCCGCAGGAAGGUGGACGGCCUCCACAUAGGCCUCAAGGACAAUCUUGGCUUCACCCUGCCUAGGAACCUGGGCGCCCUCGGCGCAGACGUCACCUGCCUGGACCUCCGGGACUGCUCCCUCAGGGGGACGAUCCCGAGGUCUAUCCUGGAGCUCUCGCAGCUCAAGGCCUUGCGUCUCGCAACCAAUGUGCCCCGGACAAACGCUCUCCAGGGCGGCAAGCCCACGAGGCGCACCCUCGAUAGAGUCGGCCCCCACGACCCCGACACCACGGCCCUGCCAGACGAGGAGCUGGAGGCCGGGCUGGGCGGCCAGUGCCAGAUCGACCUCGGGUCCGACCCGGAGGAGGUCGCCACGAAGGUCAACCGGGCCAUCCGCGACACGCCGACCUCGACCAAGGUCGUGAUCGCGUGCGCCCUCUGCUGCGGCGCCUGCUGCAGGUGCCCCUGCUGCGGGAAGUCCAGGCCUUAGUCCCAGGGGCCGGCCGCGGCGGCCCGAGGCGUUUUUUUUGUUUUUUUGUUUUAAGUCGGGCAUGUCCCUCGACAGGAGGAAUAUACAGAAAUAUUCAAAAGUAUGAUGAUUCUGAACGCUGGUGUACAGUGCGCAGCGUGCUGCUAGCACGGCCCUCUGUGGGUCCUCUUAGGCAAAUGGCUGCGGAGGCGGGGAAGCGCUGCUACGACCGUCUCUCCCGCCGGUGCUAAACUGCGCAUGCAACUAUCCAGCCACAAACGGAAUUCGGACCGAUCGCAUUUGCCAGAAGCGGAACUCGAACCGAUCUUGAUGCUCGCAUUUAUCGCUCGGUGCUGAAAGCCCGGGGGCGGACAAGACUGGUGAUGCCGAGGCGCCCUCCUGGCAUGCGUCCUUGUGCCGCCCGCGUCCUCCCCCCGCGCCCUGUCCUCGCCCUCACCCUGCUCGCCCUCGCCCUCACCCUCGCCCUCCUCCUGCGCCCCGGGCGCCGCAGCACCUCCGCGCGGUGUGUGGCCGGCUCCGCGGUGGCCCGCGCGGCGGCCGCGAAGGCUGCUCUGUCUCACCCGCUGUCCGCCGCUGAGCUCACGGGGGCUCUGGCUGCGGCUGCAGCGCGCAAGUGCUUCUCAUAGUUACAUGUUGCUCAUGUCUAAGUCUUCGCAGGUUCAUUGUUUUUUGGGGGGCCCCAGAUUCUUUCAUUUCUAAUUGUUCUAUCCUGGGCCUCUUUUUGGCCACUGGGGGGCCAGGAACAACUAGAAACGAGCAUAAUUAGAAAUGAACGACGUGUACUUAAGCGCUACGACUUGUGGCACGAGGAA